AUCAUAUGCAAUAAAAUAAAGAAACUAGAAGAAGAUGGACUAAAAACUUAACCUGUAAGAAAAGCCGAAGCGCUUUGUUUGCAUAGUAAGGAAAGAUACGCGUUUUGUCUUCUCGCUUUCUCAGUGCUACCCUUCGUUUUAUUUCACCGACCCUAAAUUCGCGCCUAUUUCCAUGACAUCAUUUUUUCCUUUCGUAUAAAAACCCAAUCCAACCUCAUCAAUUACUCAUUCCCAAAUUUUUAAAUCCCCCUUUGAAACCUAAACCUAAACCACAAACACCACCUCUCAACAAAACGAACAUGGCCGCCGAACCUCAAUCCGAACCACAACAACAAAUGGCUGAGGAAGAAACUAACCAAGAGCAAGAACUCAAGUACCUUGAAUUCGUGCAAUUCGCAACAAUUCAAGCUGUGAUGCGUUGCGCGAUUCUCUAUUCCUACGCUAAAGAACGUUCGGGUCCACUCAAACCCGGCGUCGACACCGUCGAAGAAGCUGUUAAGACCGUCGUCGGUCCAGUCUACGAAAAAUUCCACCAAGUCCCAGUCGAGCUUCUCAAAUACGUCGAUCGCAAAGUCGACGAAUCCGUUUCCGAGAUAGAUCGCCACGUUCCUACUAACGUCAAGAAGGUUUCAACUCAAGCUCGCACUGUCGUUUCUGAAGUCCGUCGUACCGGCGUCGUUGAAUCCGCAUCCGAACUGGCCAAAACCGUUUACUCGAAAUAUGAACCGAAAGCGGAGCAGUGCGCCGUUUCGGCAUGGAAGAGGUUGAAUCAGCUUCCUCUGUUCCCUCAUGUGGCUAACGCGGUUUUGCCUAAAGCUGCUUAUUGUAGUGAGAAGUAUAAUGAAGUUGUUGUUUCAAGUGCGGAGAAAGGUUAUAAGGUUUCUGCUUAUCUUCCAUUGGUUCCUACUGAGAAGAUUGCUAAGGUCUUCACUGAUUAAUCGAUGAAGAUUUCUCUAUCGGUGGUGUCAGAUUGUUCGUUCUUUUUAUGUUUGUUUGUUUAGUCUUUCUUUUUAAUUUUUCAAUAAUUGCAAAGAAAAACUGUGUUUAGUUUGUUUCUGGUGUGGAUAUGAUGUGUAUGGGAAUCAUGUUCUAUAACAAUAUACUUUGAUCUUUUAUUAUGUGCUUGCAUGCUUCUAUUAUAACCGUAAUUUAGUUUUUGGUUA